CGCACUUUGCGUUUCCGCCCUCUCCCGCUUCAGGUUCAACUUCGUUUAGAGAAGCAGAAGAUGAGUGAUGAUUGGAAUAUGUAUGUUUGACAGCAUCACCUUUUAGGGUGUGUCCUUGGAGCUCCUCGCCAUGGAAAGUAUACGCUGGGCAUUUUCAUACCGCACCUGGGCCCCUUGCUGUGAGGAAUGGUUGUUAGCCAUGCGCCUUGUGCAGCCUGAAGAGAAAAAACGCAUUGAACAGUUUGUCUUUGGUCGGGAUGCCAAAGCUGCUAUGGCUGGCCGCCUGAUGAUAAGAAAAUUAAUUGCAGAAAGGCUGAAGAUUCCUUGGAACAAAAUACAGUUACAAAGGACUUCACAAGGCAAACCUGUCCUUAUAGACACAUUAAGCAGCACCCAGUCCAACUUCAGCUUUAAUGUUUCUCAUCAAGGAAAUUACACUGUACUGGCAGCUGAACCUGAUUGUCAGGUUGGCAUUGAUAUCAUGAAGACUACGAUGCCAGGAAGUGGUUCAAUUCCUGAUUUUUUUCAGCUUAUGAAACGGCAGUUCACAGAAGAAGAAUGGCGAGUUAUCAAGUCCAUGAAGAAUGAAUGGCUUCAGUUGGAUAUGUUUCAUAGGCACUGGGCAUUAAAAGAGAGCUUCGUGAAAGCCAUUGGUGUUGGAAUAGGAUUUGACCUUCAAAGGAUUGAGUUUAAUGUGUCCCCGGUGGAGCUGGAAGUAGGAAAAACAUACAAUGAAACUAUUGUACACUUGGAUGGUGAAGAAGAAAAGGAGUGGACAUUUGAGGAGACCCGAUUAGAUGAUUGCCACCAUAUUGCAGUUGCUGUUGGAAAAUCAGGAGAGUUUGGAAAGUACCACUCUGGGAUGAUCCCCAGCAAUAAGCCUGCAUUUACAUUACUGACAUUCAAUGAUUUAGUUGCCUCUGCUAUUCCUCUUACACCAGAAGACCCUGCUUGCUGGGAAAGCUUUUGUUCUAGACAGGAAAUGCCAACACGACAGAGUUGCACUCCAAGAUGAGAGAAGCUGGAUUUACCGAAAAAGAAAUUGAAAGCCUUCAAUUGUUAUUUUACCAAUAGCUAAUUGGUGUGGAAAUGUAUGGGGCGAGAGGGAGAGCACUUGGGGGGAAAAACCUUUUAAAAUUGUUUUUCUUGCUGUGUAUACAUUUGUAAAUAUUUUCCCAUAUCUUUCA